GUAGACGAGAAGUAUAAAUUUGCCGACCUGGUGAAAAAUAACGAAGGGCUUACACGAAAUCAUCCAGGCCCAAUCUCCACGGACCACCAUUGAACUCACAUAACUUGAUGAGAUUCCGAGGAUUGACCUGGCCCACUUUAACUCUCUCCUUGGUCUUUGUACCUCUCUCCCUUACACAACUCUAACUCUAUCAUCUCUCUCACUGCAUCUCUCUCCAUCUUUCAUCUCUCCGGCUCCCAAUCUCUCUCUCACUUCUCCCUAACCAUGCCUCAGGUUGGUGAUAAAGAUGCUUCAGCGAGUAAAGAUAAGAAGAGUGGCCCAGCAGAGAAUACAUCGGAGUCAAGCUCUGUAGAGACUCAAUCCGGGCCAAGUAGAGGAACAGCUGCUCCAGGAACUGGGAUGCCGACAAAUCCGUUUGAUUUCUCAGCUGUGGCUGGGUUGCUCAAUGAUCCAAGUGUCAAGGAAUUGGCUGAACAAAUAGCCCAAGAUCCUUCGUUCAACCAGAUAGCUGAGCAGCUUAAAAAGUCAUUUGAGGGUGCUGGAGCUGGUGAUGGAAUCCCACAGGUUGAUCCCCAGCAGUACUUUUCCAGUGUGCAACAAGUUAUGCAGAACCCUCAAUUUAUGACCAUGGCUGAACGACUUGGGAGUGCUUUGAUGCAGGAUCCAUCUAUGUCGCAAAUGCUCGAGAGCCUAAAUAAUCCAGCACAGCAAGACCAGCUUCAAGAACGAAUGUCACGUGUCAAAGAAGAUCCCACCUUGAAACCUAUUUUCGAUGAAAUAGAAACUGGAGGUCCAGCUGCAAUGAUGAGGUACUGGAAUGACCCGAGUAUUCUCCAGAAGUUGGGUGAAGCAAUGGGUCUUCCUGUUUCAGGAGAUGCUGUAGCUUCUGCUGAAACGUCUGGACAAGAUGAGUCGGAUGAAGUAGGAAAUGAAGGUGAAUCCAUUGUUCACAACACUGCUAGUGUUGGUGAUGUCGAGGGUUUGAAGAAGGCACUAGCCUCUGGUGGUGAUAAGGAUGAAGAAGAUUCAGAAGGAAGGACAGCCUUGCAUUUUGCAUGUGGAUAUGGCGAGGUGAAAUGUGCUCAGGUCCUUCUGGAGGCAGGUGCCAAGGUGGACGCCCUUGAUAAGAACAAGAACACUGCUCUGCAUUAUGCAGCUGGUUACGGCAGGAAGGAGUGUGUGUCACUUCUGCUGGACCACGGGGCUGCCGUUACUCUCCAAAACAUGGACGGUAAAUCGCCAAUUGAUGUAGCCAAAUUGAACAACCAGCAGGAAGUGCUCAAGUUACUUGAGAAGGAUGCAUUUCUGUAAUUCUGUAAUUAAUUCGGAGGGCAUGCUACAUAACAAAUUUUACUCUUCAGUCUUCUGACGUUUUUAUUCUUCCAACUUUGUUUACAUUACGUUUUUCUUGAAAAGCUCAAAUGAUGUUUAGAUUGGGCAGUUGAUUUAUCAUGUUAUGAUUUGCGAUGGCUUGUUUAUUAUGACAGAAUUUUAUAGGCAGUUAUAAAAGCAGCACAAUUUGUAAGAUUUAUAAAAGAUAAUUUAUCUUUUAUUAUACUA